AUGCAUUCGAACGUUCGGUACAUCGUAUGGUUUGUGCUGGUGACGGCAGGGUACCUCGUGCGACAGUGCUGCCACGCGUCGGCGGACCAUGUACCGGCGGCCAGCGCUAGAAAGCUCAGUGCCGGGCUCACCGCCAUGCACUUCAACCAUCUGUUCAGCCAGGGCGAAGGUUUUCCCGGCCCGAGCGCGCCGCUCGCCACGGGCGAAAGCGUAAAAUUCACUCCCAACAAACAGCACGUGCUGCAUCCCGUGGAUGCGGCGUGGAGGAUGUCCGUUGGCGUGGGCAGCAGCAGUAGUAAUAAUUGGAGGGUCCGGAAACCCCUGGCGAAGCCCGUGGUGGGCAGCCGGAGCCGCAUCAACAAUCGGUCAAUGACUCGAUUUUCCGAGGUCGAGAUUCCGCCCGGUCUGGAGGAGCGGGAGCUGGAGGUGGUGCAGCAGGUAACGCCCGCUCCCAGCCCGGCGAGGGCGGGCAACGUUACCGGGCUGGUGGAGCUGUUUCGGAGCGCGGAGCGGUCGCGUGGCAUCGAGAACUUCCUCUGGAAGUACUUCGUCGACGGUGAUGUUUCCGCCUCCACCGAGGACGACGACGACGACGACGGAGCAGGCGGUGGUGCGGUGGUGAAGGGCACCCGGCACUCGGCCGCCGACCGAAGCGAUGCCGUGGGGCGCAAGAAGAAGUUCCACCUCAAGAAGAAGUACAAAAAGUUUCUGAUACCGCUGCUGCUGGCGUACAAGAUCAAGUUCCUCGCGCUGGUUCCGGCCAUCAUCGGGGGGCUGAUACUGCUGGUCAAGUCGGCCGGGCUGGCCGGUUUCUUCUUCGCCCUGUUUACGGCCGUCGUCAGCCUGAAGAAGUACUAG